ACAAACGGUUAACGAUUGUUGCAAAAAUGGCUGCGGCUGGUGCGGCAACUCCAUGUCUCCACCUUAUCUUCCACCACCACCACCGUAUCACCGCCACUCUCCGCCCUUUCUCUGCCAUCCACCACCACCGCCUUUCGCUUCUCUUCACUCGUAACAAACACCGUUCCUUUUCAACCUCACCUGAGAUUGAAACCCCACGCGCCGGCCGGUCCGGUUCGGUAUCUUCCCCACCGGUUCAGACCGUCGAUUACGUAGAAAAGAUAGAUGUGAAUCCUCCUAAAGGAACAAGAGAUUUCCCUCCUGAAGAAAUGCGACUUCGUAAUUGGCUGUUCAAUAACUUCCGAGAGGUGUCACGGCUGUUUGGAUUUGAAGAGGUUGACUAUCCCGUGCUAGAAACAGAGGCUCUUUUUAUAAGAAAAGCCGGGGAGGAAAUACGUGACCAGCUUUACUGUUUUGAAGAUAGAGGAAAUCGUCGAGUUGCGUUGAGGCCAGAGCUUACUCCUUCUCUAGCUAGACUUGUCAUACAGAAAGGAAAAUCUGUACCCCUCCCGAUAAAAUGGUUUGCUGUUGGACAAUGUUGGCGAUACGAGAGAAUGACAAGGGGACGGCGUCGUGAACACUACCAAUGGAACAUGGAUAUAAUCGGUGUGCCUGAUGUAACCGGAGAAGCUGAGCUUAUCUCAUCAAUUGUUACGUUUUUCAAGCGAAUUGGGAUAACUGUGAAAGAUGUUGGCUUCAAGAUAUCUAGCAGAAAGGUUCUACAGGAAGUGCUGAGUUUGUAUUCAGUACCAGAAACUUCAUUUGCCAAAGCUUGCAUCGUUAUAGACAAGAUGGGUAAAAUACCCAUGGAGGAGAUCAAGAAAGAGCUAAUUUCUAUUGAGUUAUCAAACGAGGCAAUCGAGGAUCUAUUGGAAGUUCUGUCCAUGAAGUCUUUGACGCAGUUAGAAGAGAAACUUGGAGGUUCAGGGGAAGCUGUGGGUGAACUAAAACAGCUAUUUUCACUUGCUGAAAAGUUUGGUUAUUCGGAAUGGAUUCAGUUUGAUGCUUCCAUUGUUAGGGGCCUAGCUUAUUACACUGGAAUUGUAUUUGAGGGUUUUGAUCGAGAAGGUAAACUGCGUGCCAUCUGUGGCGGUGGACGAUAUGAUCGCUUGCUUUCUACUUUUGGGGGUGAUGACAUUCCUGCCUGUGGCUUUGGCUUCGGUGAUGCUGUCGUUAUAGAACUGCUGAAGGAGAGGCAACUUUUACCAGAAGUUCCUCUUGAAGUGGAGAACAUUGUUUGUUCACUGGAUCCUGAUCUUCAAGGUGCAGCUGCGAUAGUUGCUACUGUUCUUAGAGGAAAGGGUCAAUGUGUUGAUUUAGUUUUGGAAAACAAGCCGCUUAAAUGGGUGUUCAAGCGAGCAGCUAGAAUAAAUGCACGCAGAUUGAUACUUGUAGGAAGCUCUGAGUGGCAAAGAGGUAUGGUUAGCGUCAAGAUCCUCUCAACUGGGGUACAGUUUGAAGUCAAUGUUGAUGAGUUAGAGUGAGACAUCUAAAUUUUCUAGUACAUAUGAAAUCUCAAUUAUAUUAUAUUAUUAUAUCCAUUGAAGUUGAAUAACGGGUUACUAAAAAUUUCUAAUGCAUCAGUUCAUUUUUUUA